AUUAAAAUUAGGUAAAUAUGAACAUAACGGUGCUCUACGAUGACUUUAACAACACAUCACUGUUGGGGGUAAACAGCAGUAGUAAUCGUAUAUUUAUGGCCAAUCCGUACGAAAUGCUUAACCCUUCGGCUAUAAAUCCAGCAUUUGUGCCCAUAAUAGUGACACAUGCCAUCACCUUCUUAAUCGGAAUAAUCGGUAAUAUACUAGUGAUUGCCACCUGGUCUUUGAGGGGACGUCUCAGGUCUCCGACGGCUGUAUUUUUGGUGAGUCUGGCGGCGGCCGACCUUUUGCUGCUAUUAGUGUUCGUUCCGUUGGAAACGUUGGAGUAUUUUGUCAUAAGUUGGGACACCGGAGGAAAUGUCUGUAAAAUGAGUUCUUAUGUGGAAAUGCUGUCAGGAAUGGCCACUGUAUUAAAUCUGGUCGCAGUCAGUAUUGAGAGGUAUGAAUAA